AUGGAGGGCGAUUCCCCGGGCCUGGAGACCGCCGCCUGCGCUGCGCUCCUGCAGGAGCGCUUCAGCCUAGUGGCGGAGCGUCACGCCGAGGACCUUCACCAUGCGGAGGCCCAGCUGAGAGGCGCGCUGAAGGAUCUGGAGCUGGUGAAGCAGCAGAGCGAGCGGGAGCUGGAGCGGCGCGCGGGCCAGCUGCGGCGAGAGUAUGCGGCCGCGAUGGCGGCGCUGGAGCGCCGGUUUCUGACCGAUGCCGAGGCGCUGCAGGCGAGCCGUGGUGGUGCCCGCAGCUGGCGCUGA